AUGUCAAAAAUUUCAAAAACUUCAAAGAAACGAAAAGAAAGUGAAAGUGAAGCAUCUAAUUUCAAAAUCAAUGAUAUUAAGCUAUUGAGAGUGAGAUUCGAACCAGCUUCAAAUAAAAACGAUGUCAUUCCUUCAUGUGAAGCCAACGUUCCGGAACGGUAUUUUCUUCCCGGUAUUAAUCGUAAAAUACUUGGAAAUCCAUUUUUUGAUGUCUGUGAGGUUGAAAGCAUCUCGCAUCCUGAAGCUCAAACGUUCGCUACCAAAUUGCACAACGUGCUGAAUGGUUUUCAAGUGUUAGGCACGGACGAAUCUUUUACUGACACACUUUUGGAUGAUCUACUUCGUAUCGUUAAGCUUAAUAACUUCCCCUUAAUGAUCAGAAAUCACCCGCCAUGUAAACUACACAUCGAGGAGGAGCCUUACGUGUCAUCAAUUCCAGAAUUCGUAAUUAAGAAUAAAAGAUCUACUAUUAUCGGAGUAGAGGACAAACACCUAAGGAAUACCGGGCCAAGAACUGGAUAUAGGGAAUCUCAGAUCGCUGUAGAGAUUCUUGCUUCUUGUAAUGAGAAUGUACGUUACAUACGUGCCCUUCGUCUUGAGAAUCGUAGGAACCCGGAUUAUACGGAUCAGAUAUCAUGGGCCGUUCGUGUAAUCACUACAUAUGUUACUUUUUAUAAAGUUAUGAUCCCUACAACGUAUUGGCAGGAGCUUGAAAAUGGCCUGCCGAAAGAAUCAUCAGUUGUGAUUCAAAGAUGGCCGGCUGAGAAUAGUUUGAGUAGUGGUUUGGAUCUUUCUGAUCCAGCGGAUAGAAAUGAAGUGCUGGAUGCAUUAGUUAAGAUUCGUGAAGAAAUUUUAAAUGAAAAUGAGUUAUAA